GGCCAGUGCAAUCGCCCACACCAGCGCCUGCGUUUCGCAGGGUGGACAUCGCCCUGGGCUGCUCCUAUGUGGAGGACGAUGUGAGAGGCUUGCUGCUUUUCCCCGACGGCUCGUCCUCCAAGCAUCCUGCUACCCUCGUGCUGAGGAGUAUCAGCGUCAGAGAUGAUGGGAACUUGGAUGAUGUAACUGAGUACAAAGUCCCAGAGGAAAAUCCUGACUCCUCUUCUCCCAUUGUCUUUGAAGCCUCAGCCCAGUCGGUAUCCAUCCCACAUGCAGAGUCCCUGCUGCAUGCAGACUGUGAUGGGGAGGAGGUGAACUGUGAGAUCUCCCCAUACAACUUCCAGCAGGCUGGCGACGGGCUCUGCCAUACCUCCUGGUUCAUGGCCACCCUGCGGGUCUCCAGCGGGAUCAGUGUCACCCUGGUUCUCAGAGGCCCCCACUGUGGCAGCCGGGAGAAGGAGGAGGAGCACGAUGCAACACUGCACCCAAAGCUAAGGAUUCCCAUGAGCAAGGAGAAGACGGUGCUGACCACAGUUGAAUUUCAAUCAUCAUCACACAACACUUCCCUGCGCACGCAUCUUGGCAGCUCGGUCACCCUUGACUGUCGUUUUGCCUUGGCUCCCAGCUCUUCGUUCUCCUCCCUGGAGUGGAGGAGACAGCACCGAGGCAGUGGCCGUAUCCUUUUCCAGUACCAGGUGGGGAGCACAGGCCCAACAGUGCAGCCAAAAGUCCACGUGGAUGUGGCAGAACUGCUGGGGAGUGGAGACGCAUCGCUUAGCCUGCAAGGAGUGAGCGUGGAAGAUGAAGGGACACACAUCUGUUUGGUGUCCACCCCACUGCACCAGGCCCAGCACAUCAUCCAGCUGCAUGUGGCUGAGCCUCCAAGAGUCCGUAUCAUUCCAGCAGUGGUGUCAUUUGAGGAAGAUGGGACGACUACUCUGACCUGCAACAUUGCUGGCUAUUACCCCCUGGACGUCUCGGUGAGCUGGACACAGAAGACUCCUGAGGAUGACACAGAAAUCCCUCUCUCAAAUGCACGUUUCUCCAGCCACCGGCAAAGCCAAAAUGGCACCUACAGCAUCACCUCCUACCUCACCAUCAGCUCAGCCACAGCACAGGCACCAGCCACCUUCAGCUGCCAUGUUUCACACGUGGCCCUGGCAGAGCCCAUCUCUGUGAGCGCCCAUCUUAAGGCACCAGAGCAAACGGGAUCAGAAGGACUGGUGGGAGCUUUCAUUGCUACCAUCAUUUUCAUCGUUGUCCUCUUCAUUGUGCUCAGGAGAAGAGCAGCUAAGCCAAAGUCUGAGCAACUUCUAAGGGCUUCAGAAUAG